AUGGGCAAACACAACGGCAAGUCGAGGAAUACCGGCGGCACCCGCGUCGGCCAGGCGCUCGCGCGCCGCAAGCAGACGGUCGGGCCUGGCGGCGAGGGCCGCCACACGACAGACGCCACCAACAUGCAGAGCAUCCUGGACAGAAACGACCUGGAAGAGCUGAUGGCCAUGGCCGACCUCGCUGACAAGGACUUCACCGCGGAGCGCUACCAGCCCGUCGUGCUGUCCGUGGGGGGCGUCUACGAGGCCCCGCCCCAGAUCACAGAGGAGGAGCGCGCCGCGGCGGAGGAGCGGUUCGGCGGGGUGCUGCAGGUCCCCCGGCGGCCGGCCUGGGACGCCAACACAACGGCGGAGCAGCUGGAGCAGAACGAGAAGCAGUCAUUCCUGGACUGGCGCAGGAGCCUGGCGCGGCUGGAGGAGGAGGACGGCCUCGUGCUGACGCCCUUUGAGCGCAACCUCGAGGUGUGGCGGCAGCUGUGGCGCGUCCUGGAGCGCAGCGAUGUCGUGGUGCAGGUGGUGGACGCGAGGGACCCCCUCACAUACUGGUCCGACAGCCUGGCGGCCUACGCGGCCGACAUUCACGCGACCAAGGCGUCCCUGGUGCUGCUCAACAAGGCGGACCUGCUGCCCGCCGCCGCGCGCCGCGCGUGGGCGGACUGGUUCGACGCACGCGGGCGCCGCUACGUGUUCUGGUCGGCGGCUGCCGCCGCGGACGAGCAGGCGCGCGCGCGGGCGGAGGCGUCGGCGCUGGGGCUGCCGGCGCCGGCGCCGGCGGCGGAGGUGCGGGCGGCGGGGGGGGCGGGCGCUCUGCAGGAGCGGGAGCAGCGGCGUGGCGGCGGCGGCGGCCGCGGCGGCGGGGACGAGCGGAUCAGGGUCUUGGGGGUGGAGGAGCUGCUUGAGGUUUUGGAGGGCGCGGCGCGGGAGGCUGUGGAGGCAGCUGACGAGGACGACCCCCGCAGGGACGACGAGGAGCGGCGGCUGGUGGUGGGCCUGGUGGGCUACCCUAACGUGGGCAAGUCCUCCACCAUCAACGCCAUCUUCGGAGCCAAAAAGACCGCCGUCGCGCCGACGCCCGGCAAGACAAAGCACUUCCAGACGCUCAACGUGUCGCCCACGCUGUGCCUGUGCGACUGCCCAGGCCUGGUGCUGCCGCGAUUCGCGGGGUCGCGGGCGGAGAUGGUGGCGGCAGGCGUUGUGCCCAUCGACCGCCUUACAGAGGUCCGGCCCGCGGUGGAGGUCGUGUCGCGCCGCCUCGGCCGCCGCCAGCUGGAGAGCUGCUACGGCGUCCGCCUGCCCCCCGCCGCCGACGGCGCGCCGCAGGCGCCGCGGCUGCUGGCGGUGCUGGCGGCGGCGCGCGGGUGGACGGCGGGGGGAGGCUUGCCGGACGAGGCGCGGGCGGGGCGGCUGGUGUUGAAGGAUUACACCGCGGGGCGGCUGGUGUACUGCCGGCUGCCCCCGGGGUCUGACCCGAUUGGAUGGGCGCCGGACGUUGCAGCGGAGAAGGUGGAGGGGGGAGUGGAGGGCAUGUCAAUUGAGCGGCCGCGGCAGCAGCAGCAGCAGCAGCAGCAGCAGCAACAGCAGCGACAGCAGCAGCAGCAGGCCGAGGAGGUCGGAGCGCGGGAAGACGCGGAGGCGGCGCCCGAGGCGGCGCCUGCCGCAGGCAGCAGCGACGCUGCUGGGGCCGACGCGAGCAGCGCGCCUGGGGCGACUGUGUCGGCUGCAGCGGCAGCAGCGGCGGCAGCAGCGGCGGCGGCGGCGGCGGCAGCAGACGUAGGGGACGGCUUGUUGCUGGACCCGGCUGAUUUGGAACUGCUGGAUGGCCUGAGCUUGGAGGGCGGCGGCGGCGGCGCGGGCGGCGGGGGCGCGGGCGGCGCCAAGGCGCGCAAGCCCAAGCCGCAGCGCCCAGAGUACAAGCUGCACAACAAGAAGGGCGCCGUCCGCGCCGCCAAGGGCGCGCGCGGCGCGGUGCGGGACGCCGGCGACUAUGAUGGCGCUGCGAUCGCCGUCGGGAAGAAGGGCGGCUUGGUGCGCGUGGGCGGCUACGAGAUUGAGUGA